AUUAUUUUAAAUGAAUUUGCAGGCCAUCAAGGAAGCAGCUUAAUAAAUGUAUAAAUAUUAGAUUACCUCAGCAAGGAUAAGCUCACCAAAUCUCCUUUAGAGUAGACAUUAUCCGAGGCGACAUCGAACGAGAAUUGGAAUACUCCUACUAAAUUACUCUAAGAAGUAGCUGAAGCUUCAUUUGGAUAGUAAAAAUGUGUAUUUGAAUAUUUUUAGUACAAGUUGCGAUACAAUAAUGAAAUUCAUAUGGAAACGUCUUGAUUCAGAUAAUCGAGAAUGGCGUAGGAUUUUGAAGGUAUGAUUGUGUUUAUAAAAAUGCUAGACUUUAAAUAUGAUUGAAUAUUUGACAAAGAAUGGAGCUCCUCGUUGUGUUGGAGAAUUUAGAGACAAUAUUUACAAAAUCAGAAGUUUCUCUGAUUUCUUUUUGGUUGAAUAAGGUUCUGAUAAAGGACUCUCAAGUAUUAAAAAAGAAUAAAUAUUAGUUCGUGAUAAGACAAAACAAUUAGUUGAUUUAUUAAGCAAUGAAAAGUUGAUAGAAGAAGAAAGAGAGAGUGCUAAAAAGAUACGAGAACGUUUAGCAGGUAAUAAUUAAUAUAUAAUUUAAGCUGCUGGUGGUGUUGGAGCAAUAGGAAGUAAUACAUCUUAUUAAGGUUAUGGAAGUAGUUCAUAUGAAAGUAAUAAACCAAAAAGUUAUGGAUAAGAAUCUAAUUAAUCUUAAUAAACAAGUUAUUGUAACUAUUCAUUAUAUAUAUUUAGCUACAAAUUAUGGUGGCCUAGAAAGUGGAGGAGGAUUAGACAAAUAUAGAGGUUCAACUAAUAAUAAUGUAAAUAAUCCCCCUAUUAAUAACAAUAAUAAUAAUAAUAACAAUAACAAUAAUAAUAAUAAUAAUAAUAAUAAUGCUAAUAUAAGUUUUAAUGGAAUUUAAUGGUCAGCCCCUUAAUAAUAGACAGUAGCAGCACCAUUUUCUGAACCUGUCAUGAAAUUAGCUAAGCCUGGUGAAAAGUGGGAUGUUCCAGGACCUAAACCAUAAUAACAACAGUAACCUCAAUAAUCUUAAUAACAAUAAUCAUAAUAAAAAAAUCUCUUAGAUAUUUUUGAUGUCCCCUAAUAAGUCCCAUCAUAAUAACCAUAAGUUGCAUAACCAUUAUAACCACCUCCAACAUAAUAAUAAAAUAAUUAAAAUGAAUGGGGAUCUUUUUAAACAGCUACUCCAAUCAAUAAUUCUAUUCAAUAAACUUAAUAAAAAGUAUAGAAUAAUUUAUUACCUAAUGAUAUUUUUACACCCUCAAUACCACAGUAACAACCUGCUCUUUUUGGAUAAUAGACUCUUCCUUAAUAAAACAAUUAACAGCAAUUUUAUUAAUAAACAUAAUAAUAAUUAUUAUAUCAACAACCUUAAGCAUAAUAAAACUUAUAAAGUUUAUAUCCUAUGUAGUAACAAUAAUAAUAACAAUAAUAAUAAUAACAAUAAUAAUAAUUACAAUAAUAGAAUCUAUAUUAACAAACUAAUUUGUACUAAAAUUAUCAAAUUAAUAAUUAUUAAUAAUAGCAAUAAGUUCCAAGUUAUCCAAAAACUUAAGUACCUGCAUAUUAAUCAUAAGCUAAUCUUUCAGUUACAAACAAUAACCAAUAAAAGCAAUAAUAAGAUGACUUUGCAUUUGGUGAAUUUGUCUCAGCCACUUAACCUAAAAAUAACAAUACUAAUCAAACUGAUUUAUUAGGCAUGCUUGAUUUGAAAAAAGAAAAAUAAGAAUUAGAAUAGAAAAAAUAGAUUCCAAUUGCUCCUUAAUAGAACAUGUAACCUUAGUUGUAUGCAUCCUAAGCAGAAUUGGAUAGCUUCUAAUUUAAUUAUCAAAAUAAAGCACCAGUUUACGGACAAUGUAUUAAUAUAUUUUAUUCAUAAUAGAUUAAUACCAAUAAAGCAGAUGAUUUAUAAUAAACAUAU